UCCUGCCUCGCUUGCCGUAGGAAACUAUGAACAUGGUGGAAGCCAGUUAGCCUGCUAGCCAUCGUAGGCUGUUUAUUAUCAUGCCAAAAUGUUCGCUAAUAAGUAAUAAUUUGUGUGUUGAUGAAGGAGGAUGUGGAGGGGAUGUGGCUAAAUAAUGGGAAACGUUUUUGGGAGAAAGAGUCAACCUUCGCGUGUAACGGAACAAGACAAAGCCGUUUUGCAAUUGAAACAGCAGAGAGAUAAACUGAAGCAGUAUCAAAAGAGAAUAACCCUGCAACUGUCGAAAGAGCGGUUUCUGGCAAAGCAGUUGUUAAAAGAUGGCAGGAAAGAAAAGGCACUGCUGCUUCUUAAGAAAAAACAAUAUCAAGAUCAGCUACUAGACAAGACUGAAAAUCAGAUUUCAAACCUCGAGCGCAUGGUUCAAGAUAUUGAGUUCAUGCAAAUUGAACUGGAAGUCAUCGAGGGACUUAAGGUUGGCAAUGAUUGUCUGAAGAGUAUGCACGAGAUCAUGUCAGUUGAAGAUGUGGAGAGAAUCAUGGAUGAGACCCAGGAAUCAAUAGAAUAUCAAAGGCAAAUAGAUGAAAUGCUGUCUGGAGCCCUGACGCAGGAGGACGAGGAUGCUGUUUUAGCAGAGCUGGAAGCUAUCACUCAGGGAGAAGAUGUAGCACUUCCAGAGGUCCCCACUGAGCCAAUACCAGAGGUCUCAGAGGCAGCUAAGGCUGAACCAGAGAGGAGAGAAGCAAAGAACGAGCCUGACAGAGAGAUGUUGGCAGCCUGACGCAGCACAUGUGUGGUUGGGAGUAGGCUGUCUUUUUACUGAUGGGCACUCUGUUUAUUCAUUUCAGUAUUUCAUCCUUAAUUGUUAGAACGUGAAGGUGGGACCUGCAGACGUCAGUGCACCAUCACACAUUUUACAGGAUCAGCACAGCGUCUGCACUCUGGUUUACUGCUCCCCUGAAGUAUCUGCAUACAGGAAGUGAAAUGUUCUAUUAUAAUUAGAUUAGCAAAGCAACAUCACAUUGUAACUAUUCUGGUUAUGGUGUAACAGAAUGAAAGGACACAUUUUUAGAUGUUUUACACAUUGAUUGCAGCUGUUUUCCAUAUAAAAUUGAGCAAUGGCAACAA